UGCCCAAGAUAGUGCGGCUCGGCCUCCCUCCAUCUGAUUGGCUAUGAACCCGGCAGUAAAUAUCACGUGACGUGGAGCAGUCAGCUGAUCCUUCGCGGACAUCUUUAGUCACGACUGCGGGGAUUAAUUCAUUCCUCCUUCUCGACGGUUUUCAGGUCGAAGCGGAUCUCUGACGGACUGCGGCCAUCAUGGCGCUCAGCGAUGCCGACGUGCAGAAACAGAUCAAACACAUGAUGGCCUUCAUCGAGCAGGAGGCCAACGAGAAGGCGGAGGAAAUCGAUGCCAAGGCGGAGGAGGAGUUCAACAUCGAGAAGGGGCGGCUGGUGCAGACGCAGAGGCUGAAGAUCAUGGAGUACUACGAGAAGAAGGAGAAGCAGAUCGAGCAGCAGAAGAAAAUUCAGAUGUCCAACCUGAUGAACCAGGCCCGGCUGAAGGUGCUGAAGGCUCGCGACGACAUGAUCGCGGAAAUGCUGAACGAUGCGCGUCAGCGGCUCUGCAACAUCGCCAAAGACCAGUCCAGGUAUGCAGCGCUGAUGGACGGCCUGCUGCUCCAGGGUUUCUAUCAGCUCCUGGAGACCAAAGUGACGGUGCGCUGCCGGAAACAGGACGUGCAGCUGGUCCAGGCCUCCAUCCAGAGGAACAUUCCCAUCUACAAAGCAGCGGUGAAGAACAACCUGGAAGUACGCAUCGACCAGGAGAACUUCCUGUCUCCUGACGUGUCCGGGGGUAUCGAGCUCUACAACGGUGACGGCAAGAUCAAGGUGUCCAACACUCUGGAGAGCCGACUGGACCUCAUGGCUCAGCAGAUGAUGCCCGACAUCCGAGUCUCCCUCUUUGGUGCCAACCCCAACCGCAAGUUCAUGGACUGAGCAGUGCCGCCGUGACUCCGCCUCCUUUUUUUGUUUUGUUUGUCAUAUGAAGGACGUCGUCCAUCUUGUCUGUAAACAAGGGUGAAGCGCUUGUUUUGUGGUGCAGUGAUUUGUGUAUCUCUCCGUGAGUAGAGGGCGCUGUCCGUCAGCGGCGCCGUUGACAGUGGGGUUCAUGCAAGAGUGUGAAGAGUCCCACCGCCUGAGAGCAGCACAAGUGCAGCCUGAAGAGUUGAUGUGUCGAUGUUUCCCCGCCUGCCUGAGAGUGUGCGACCGUCCCAGUGCUGUGUGUAAAUGAGGGUUAAAUUAUCUCUGUGUGUGUGUGUGUGGAAGCUGAUUUUGUUCUCUCCAUCGUCUCCAACUGUUCCAUUGUGGAAACGUAAUAAAGUGUAAUCUAAUGAG